GUACCGAACGAGUUUCAGGCCCCGGUACACGGUUGCCUAUAAGACAGUAACGGAGCUGGAGUGGAGAUGCUGCCCCGGGUACAGAGGAGAGGACUGCAGAGAGGGCCCAGCAGAAAAGCCAAACGCCGCUCGCCGUCCCACCACGCCAGCAAGAGCUGUUGUGAAGAAAGGCCUGGAUGCAGAGCCCACAGAAGUGCCUGAACCUCCACCGUACGAGAAGAAAAUGCAGUUUCUUGAGGAUGAAUUGUUCAGGCUGACACGGUCAGUGCUUGAGCUCCAGUCCUCGGUGGCAGGUGUGAAUGAAAACCUCAAGCUGACUGUCCAAGAAGAUGCCAGUAAGAUGCUGGUCACUUGGCUGAACAACCUUUACGACCGCCCGGAGCCUGACAGUGCGGUUGGGGGUGAGACAGACACUAUUCGGCUCCCUGGGCUCCUCAGCAAUAAGGACCAAAAAGACCCUUUCAUUGAUUUUGAAAUGGAAGAUAUAAAGUCUGAGCUAGCUGAGGUGAAAGAAGCCUUGAGGAUGAGGAAUGACCAGCUGGAGGAACUGAAUGGAAAAGUUAAAGGCUACGAAGGACAAUUAAAGCAACUGCAGGAGGCAGCACGAGGACCCAUGCUGACAAUGCCCAGUGACAAUGUCUACCAGGAGUAUAUAGACUCAAAAUUUGAGUCCCUUAGGCAGGAAAUAAUGGAGGAGUUUGAAAAGAAAAUGGCAGAUCUGAAGAACUGCUGCGAACACAAACUGCAGGACAUCCAGCAGCAGUGUGACGACAAGGACAGUAACUGCGUGGGAAUAACUGACGUUACAAGAGGAAAAGAGAACGAUCUGAGGAAGGAAAUAAAUACCCUCCGAACUCAGAUCCCAUCAAACGAGUCCGGCUGCUGCAGGGAGGGUGAGGGAAGUGCCCUGGACCAGCGGAUCAGAGAUCUAGGCACGACGCUUGACAGGGUUGUGGAGGCACACAGGAUGCUGAACGUCAGGGUGGACAACGAGGUGCGGCGGCUGUCGGCCCCGGACCUGGAGGAGGCGUUUGCCGAGCGGCUGGCGGAGCUGGGG